AUGGCCGCCAGACUCUCAAUCGCCCGCGCUGCGCGCCAAUUCACGUCUGCGGCGGCAAAGAAGCCGUCGCCGUUUGCGUGCCAGAGGUGGCAGCAGGUCCCUCCGCAACGGCUAUUCUCGGUAUCUGCCGCAUUCAAGGAGAAGCGGUACACCGAGGACCACGAGUGGAUUGAGAUGUCUGCCGAUGGCAAGACAUGCACGCUUGGAAUCUCAGAGUACGCGGCCAAGGCGCUGGGCGACGUCGUCUACAUUGAGCUGCCGCAGGUCGACAUGGACGUGAGCGAGGGCGACGCAAUUGGCGCCGUCGAGUCGGUCAAGUCGGCGUCGGACAUUCUCACGCCCAUUUCGGGCGUCGUCGCAGAGGUCAACACGGCGCUCGAGAGCACCCCGGGAAACGUCAACAAGGACCCCGAGGGCGAGGCUUGGAUCGCCAAGAUUACCGUCGACGGCGAGCCCAGCGGGACCAUGAGCAAAGACGAGUAUGCAGAGUUUACCGCAGAGUAG